AUGUCCACUCCAGCUGAAACCUCUUUUGCCGAACUUAAGGCAAUCACUAGGCAGAUUGUUGACAUUGUCUGCGCAGCUCGGCUCCUCCCACCCGGCAACAGCCACUUGGCUCUGAAAGCACAAGUCACUGAACUGGUGGCUGAGGCCGUCCAGGACCAUGAGGCUUCACCUUGCAUUCUGGGCAUAGUCUUGUCCUGCUCCAAGGAGCUACUUCGCGUUCGGCAGUUGUCCCCCCAGGAUUCGCCCAACUGGCACAGCAUCAGCCAUAAUGAUCUUCGCCUCCAGAGGCACAGCUGGUGCCACAAGGUCUCCGCAUGGGAGGCUUUAGGCGACCGGACAUUCGAUCUUCUGGUCGAUGCCCCCAAAUCCCCUGACACUGUCGCGGUCGACCUUCCCUCCCCACCUGCUGUCGCUGGCAGCAUUGCCGGCCCAUCGUCCAGCACUAUUGACGAGUCCCGGGAGAAGCGUGAGGAUAAGGGUAAGGGUAAGGCGUUAGAUGCUGACCCAGAACCUGAGGCGGAUGGGAGUAGGAAGAGGAAAUCGCCCCUGAUUUCGGGACCCUCCUCCCAACUGCCGAAAUCCGCGAUGAAGAGUCGCAAGAGGGCAAAGUCAGCUCGGGUUGUGAAGUCAGCCGAGUUUGUGGAGUCCGAGGAUGAACCUGUGGACAAGCCGGCUGCCCAAGGAGGGCCGGUCGUCUUACUUCAUCGUCUCACCUCAGUCUCGCCCCGGAUCCCCAAGAAGAGACCUUUUGGCCCUGUGAAGAUAAUUGCUGGAAGGUGUGCAGACGUCGCCGGGCAGACUGACUCGAUGUCCAACACCCCCAUGGUCACCCCGGUGGUGGCACCAACUGUCAUCGAUGGCCCUGCUGGAAGCCCUCCAGAGGUCGUUGAGCACUCGGACUCGGCGUCCAAUACCCCCGCGGUCACCCCGGACGUGGCGCCAACUGUCAUCGAUACAGAUGACAUUCUCAUUCCCAGACCGAACAACCCAUGCUGGGCUUGCAACAAUGUGGAGUUGCCCUGCACAACCCGGUUCGACAAGAGAACUGGGAAAGGCCUUCUCUCCUGUGUUUUCUGCAACACAAAGAAGGUAAAGUGUUUUUCCAUCACCCUCGGAAGUCCACCGAAAUGGUCUCGGGGUAAGUCGACCACCCGGAAGGCCAGGUCCCGGACACCUUCCAAAGCUCCGUCCACCUCCCAACCAAAGGCCCGGACCCGCAGCCAAUCUCGUGGUGUAGCCGGAGCUGCCGGUGCCGGUGCUGCCGGAACUGCCAGUGGGUCUGCUGCGACCGCACCUAAGAUGCGCGGUCGCAGCAAGACAAUAACUGCUGUCAAGGCACCCGCCCCACCACCUACACCCUCACCUGCACCAGCUCCAAUUGCGUCUUCGAGUGCCCGCGUGCCUCAUGCGGCUCUCGACGUCCCUAUGCCGGACCUCCAUUCCAUGGCAAGAAGUAUUCGCGAUAGUGCCGAAUGCAUCAAGGCUCUCGAGGGUCUUGUUGCUGAGCAGGGCAGCCGUAUCGAUACCCUCAGCAGGCUCCAUGAGAGCCUUCGACGCCAAACCAUGGAACCCCAUCCCUCAUUUCCCCUUCCCACCACUCCGGCAAUUGCAACAUCUUUGUUGCUUGAUCAAUCCGUCGCUGGAACAACAUCACCCUCCCAAUCCGCACUCCCUCCUCUCAUCGAUAUUUCGAUUGCAGUGGAGCCCACACCCUCGAAAAUUGAGGAUCGCUCUGCCAUCGAGGGUCUUUCAUUUGAGCUGAGCCAAGUUCAACCAACCCUGGACCCAUCACCUACUCCCUCAACUGCUGGAGCAAUUUUGGUGCCGGAUGAUCCACACAACCUUGUCCCGGAAUACGAUUCUGGUGAUGAGAUGGAUGUUGAGGUGAAGGUUGAAGUUGAAGGUGGUGAUGAGGGUCAUCUGGUCAAGGUUGAAGGUGAAGGUGAUGAUGAGGGUCAUCUGGGCGAGGUAACUCAUGCCGACGUCCGGUUAACUGAUAUCAACAUCCGGGUAACAUCCAUCGACAUCCGGGCAACUGGUAUCGAGUUCCGGGCAUCAAGCACCAAGUUCCGGGUAGCUAAUACCGACAUCCGGGUAACUGAUAUGGAGUUCCAGGGAUGUCUUAAAUUGGACAAAUGA